AUGGCCCCUGGAACCCGGAGUGACGACGCCGGGCAUGAGGCCAAACUGCGCAACAGCUGCGACACCUGCGCGACGGCCAAGAUCAAGUGCACGCAAGAGAAGCCGGCGUGCGCUUGUUGCGUCAAGAGACUGAAACCCUGCGUUUAUGGUGCCUCUAAGCGCGUCCGCCGAACGCAGCGUUCCCACAAGCAACAACACCAGCAUCAACAUACGCCCGAUGUGAGCUGUUCGCCGAAGCCAACUGCGGCAGCGACAACGACGAUGGCCUGGACACAAGGGGCCAAGAGGGCCACGUCAUUCCCACCUCCGGACACAGUGUCCGGGGCGGAGAUGGCAUCGUCACAGAACACGUUUGCCUUCACAACUACUCCUAUGACCGGCCAUCAAGACUGGCCCGACUUCUUGACGUCUCUCAUGUCCCCCAGCUUCACGUCGUCGUCCUCCGCAGAGCCCUUUACCUCGACCGAGCUGGACAGUGUGGGCGGAUCUCUCGAAGAAUUCACAUACGUCGAGGACUCGACCUUCAGCUCCUCGACGCCGCUAUCGAGACUCUCUGGCGACCAUAGCCUUAUUCGAACAGGAGGCCAAGCUUUCAGUCAUGACAGCUCCAGGGCCGAAUCUACUGCAAGCAUAAAGGAUGUCAGGAUCGGUUCGCUGACGGAGAACCAAGGCCGUUCCGGGGACGAGACGAGUUUCUUCCUGCCGAGCCCUCAGACUGACGCAGGAGCGGCCUCGCCGAUCUCUCUCGGCACCCCCGACGGCCGCGUGCGACCUCAAAGUAGACCGGGUACUCCUCGCUGCCAGUGCUUCGCGCGCGUGCUCCAGUUCAUAGCCCAGAUCUCGACGGACCCGUCCCAGGCGUGGUCCGUUGCACCCGAUGACGGCGGCCGUCCCCGCCCGGCCAACCUCGGUAUCGUCAACGGCCAGAUCGCGAACAUGAGCGACAGCAUCAGCAUGGUACUACAGUGCCCCUGCUCCAGGAACAGCGAGAUGAUCGUUCUCCUCUCCCUCGUCAUCUUCAAGAUACAACUCUGCUACGUCGACGCCGUGAACGCCGCCACGGGUGACGGUCCAGGUGGCGGCGGACCCGGGCCUGUCGUCUCGUGCUUCCCGUGGAACGACACAACAAACCAACGCGACGAAGACGACGGGGAAGGAGACUCCGACGAGGAAGACCAGCACCGCGUCUUCGUCCAGCACAUCCUCUCCAGGCUGGCGGGUCUGCGGGCCCUCAUCACCCGGCUCUCCAAGCGUCUGGCCGAGCCCGAGUCCGAGUCCUUCCCGGGCGCGAGCCGCUGGCCGACGCUGCCUCAGGGCCCUUCAUACUGCUCUGUAGUCGAGGGCAGCAUCGAUAUCAUGCCCUUCUCUGCGUCUUCAUUGGGUGCCCUGUCGUCGGAUCUGCGCAACCGGCUGAGCGGCAUGUCGCAAGCGAUCUCAGGAAAGCUUCAGGAGCUCCAGGAGGGAUGA